CUCACAACUUGCCUCAGUAGUGAAUUCAGUUUUUGUAGUCUGUGCGUGCACGUACAUGGGUAGACCAAAGAACACGGCGGGAAGUCUAAACGGAGUUCAGUAAACUGAGGAGCUGCAUGCGGCGAGCGGGCCCGAGCAUGCACGCAGCACACCUGAGCGAGUGGCAGCGGCGGUCCUUUGACAUUUUGUCUGGCACCUGCUCGCCCGAACAGAAGGCCGAGGCCUACCGCGCGCACAUCCUGAGUGUUCAGUAUGCAUGGGCGAGCGCGGGCCUCUCCUGGCCCGCCACGGCCGGCCUGUUGGGGACCCUGGGCGAGCGCUACGCGGCCACGCUGGACUCUGACGACCCGCGGGCUGGCCUCAACAACUACGCCGAGAGCGCCCUGCACCUGGCGCGCAGUCAGAGGAACGAGAGCGGACGCUGGGAGUCCUCCCUGACCGCCAGCGCUGCGCUGGAGCUGCCCUGCAUGCAGAGCGCCUUCAGAGGCAGAGCUCAGGACCCCGCAGGGGCCCCGGCAGAUGUCCACGCCGUGGUGGGGGGAGGUGACGUGAUUCGGGAUGCGAUGGAGGGGGUUGGGGUAGCUCCGGGGGGCCUGCCCAUGGAGGCUAGGAGCGAGGCCCCCGCUCCUUCCCUCGCCUCCUACUCCAGGGAUCUACCCAGAGCCGCGUCCCUCUUUGGCCAUAAGGCCGAGGGUCCCGGUCCUCACCAAGCUAACGGCAGCAGCGUCCAGCCUGCGUUUUUCCCACACUCAAACGGCUCGAAGCGGAAAGCCUUCCAGGGCUUCGACGAGGACGAGCGGGGCCCGGAGUGGGAUGUCGCGGGAGGCCAUGCAGCCCGCGGGAGGAGAGGAGAGGAUGGCCGCGGCGUCGCCUCCUUCAGGUCGGCUCGAGAGCAGCUGAACGUCGGGCAGCAGAAGAAGCAGGCCGUCCAACCUCAGCGCGGCUCGUACUCCGGCGGCCCGAAGAAAUCCCUGGGGGCCGGCAGGUCCCGCGGGGCCUUCUCCAAGUUUGUGUCCCCCCUGCCAAAGCAGGAGGAGGUGGACUCCGGCAGUGGAAGCGGAACAGGCCAGGAGCCGCCUCUCUUGGACGAGCACCUCAAGAACAUCGAGCCCAAAAUCGUCGAGCUGAUCAUGAGCGAGAUCAUGGACCACGGCCCGCCCGUCACCUGGGACGACAUUGCGGGUCUGGACUUCGCCAAGGCCACCAUCAAGGAGAUUGUGGUGUGGCCCAUGCUGAGGCCGGACAUCUUCACCGGCCUGCGCGGGCCCCCCAAGGGGAUCCUGCUCUUCGGGCCCCCAGGGACGGGCAAGACCCUGAUAGGCAAGUGCAUCGCCUGCCAGUCUGGGGCCACCUUCUUCAGCAUCAGCGCCUCGUCCCUGACCUCCAAGUGGGUGGGCGAGGGCGAGAAGAUGGUGCGGGCCCUGUUUGCAGUGGCCCGCUGCCACCAGCCCGCCGUCAUUUUCAUCGACGAGAUCGACUCGCUGCUCUCGCAGCGCACCGAUGGGGAGCACGACUCGUCACGCCGCAUCAAGACCGAGUUCCUGGUGCAGCUGGACGGGGCGGCCACCUCGGCUGACGACCGCAUCCUGGUGGUGGGCGCCACCAACCGGCCGCAGGAGAUCGACGAGGCGGCCCGCCGGAGGCUGGCCAAGCGCCUGUACGUCCCGCUGCCUGAGGCGGCUGCCCGCAGGCAGAUCGUGGCCAGGCUGACGGCCCGGGAGCGGUGCGAGCUGGGAGCCCACGAGCUGGAGCGUGUGGUGGAGCGCUCAGAGGGCUUCUCCGGGGCGGACAUGACCCAGCUGUGCCGCGAGGCCGCCCUCGGCCCCAUACGCAGCAUUCACUUUGCUGACAUCGCCACCAUUUCCCCUGAGCAGGUGCGCCCCAUCCUCUAUGCCGACUUCCAGGAGGCCCUCAAGACUGUACGCCCCAGCGUUUCGCCCAAAGACCUGGAACUCUACGAAGAAUGGAACAAGACCUUCGGCUGCGGCCGAUAACUUGGACCCCGGCCCGUGACCUGUUUUAUAAAUCUUUACAUAUUUUAGGUUCAGCAGGGCUUGAUGAUUAUUUGUUCACUUAACUAAGAAUUUAAGUUAAUUAGAAAAUGGUUAGCAGUUAUUUAUGAAAUUUUCAGGCACUGCCUAAAAGUUGGGCAUCAUCUUUGAUUUACUGUUAAAAUGUUAAUUCCUUAAAUGUUAUGUUUUUUUAUAAUCUUUGGAUAAAACCCACAAAAUUAAUAUACGCUACUGUUUUGUAUCAUUUAUAUUUCAAAUAAAUUUCUAAAACAUUUCUCUUCAUGCAUACUUUGCUACCACCGAGGGGGAAACAGCUGGUUUACUUGC